GCCGCGCACGGUGGGGCCAUGGAGCGGUUCGGUGGUGGCGGCGGGCCGGGGGGAUACGAGACGGCGACGGAGCAGCUGUCCCGGCAGCAGGAGCGGCACUACCGGCUGCUGUCGGAGCUGCAGACGCUGGUGAAGGCCCUGCCCAGCUCCUGCCAGCAGCGUCUCUCCUACACGACGCUGAGCGACCUGGCACUGGCGCUGCUGGACGGGACCGUGUUCGAGAUCGUGCAGGGCCUGCUGGAGAUCCAGCACCUCACCGAGAAGAACCUCUACAGCCAGCGCCUGCAGCUGCACAGCGAGCACCGCGGGAUGAAGCAGGAGCUCUUCCACCGGCACAAGGAGGCCCAGCAGUGCUGCAGGCCACACAACCUGCCCCUGCUCCGGGCUGCCCAGCAGCGGGAGAUGGAGGCUGUGGAACAGCGGAUCCGGGAGGAGCAGCGAAUGAUGGACGAGAAGAUAGUCCUGGAGCUGGACCAGAAAGUGAUAGACCAGCAGAGCACACUGGAGAAGGCUGGGGUGUCUGGCUUCUACAUCACCACCAACCCACAGGAGCUGACUCUGCAGAUGAAUCUGCUGGAGCUGAUCCGGAAGCUGCAGCAGAAGGAAGCUGAGGCCAAGAGAGCUUUUUCCUGAGGAGCAAACCUGCUGCUUACCUCCCAGCUUCCUUCUGCCUUCCCUCCAGGAGGAGGCUGGGCAUGCCUUUGCUUUCUGCUGUGGUGGGGAGAGGCUGUAGGAGGAGCAGCUGAGGCCCUUAGAUAACCUUAGAGCUGGGGCAAGCAGACCCCCAGCCUGUGGGGGUGGUUGGGGAGGGCCAGGCUGCUCCCCAGGCCUCAGAGCAAGCUGGUGCUGGACACUUUGCUGGGGUGAGGGACCCGAUGGGGACUCGUCUGCAGCACUCAGGAGGAGUGUGCUGAUCCAGGCAGCAAACCCAGCCCAGCCACAGGUGGGAAGAGAGGCUGGGCAGGAGCAGCCUGAUCUCCAUUGGGCCUGAGCAGGUGUCUGGCAGGGGUCUGGCAGGGCUGAGUAGCUGCCACAUCAGACCCAGCCCUCACCAUCUGGUGCCACCAGGCCACGGCAGACGGUUGGCAGCUGGAGGGAAAAGUCCAGAGGCUAUCUCCAGGGUGCUUUU